AUGGUGUGGAAUUGCCAAGGUGCUAGUGACAACCAUUUUGUCAAGUUGAUUAGAGACUUUGUGAAUCAAUAUCGUUGUUCCAUGGUUAUUAUAAUAGAGCCAAAGAUUAGUGGGUUUCAUGCAGAAAAGGAAAUUGUUAAUAUAGAGGUGAUUGCGAAUCACUCACAAUAUAUUCAUAUCACAAUAGAGCAUCCAGUGGGAAAUCUUUGGAACUUAUCUACAGUUUAUGGUCAUCCGAAUCCAUCUAUUAGAACUACCUUGUGGGAGGAGCUUGCAAGAUUUGCUAGGUCUGUUACAAAACCAUGGUUGGACAAUAGGAAAGGAUUAGCAGCUGUAUUUGUUGUAAAAAUGGAUACCCCAUUUUCUCCCUUCUCUUUAUUGGCCUUGGGGUUGAUGCUACUGCUGGAAACAGCAGCAGCUGGAAGUGUUGACAUUGGGGAAGAUCACCAGGUUAAGGGUAUCAUAGGUGCUAUUGUGGACGAUGGCUCCAGGAUUGGUAAGGAAGAGAGAGUAGCCAUGGAAAUGGCGAUGGAAGCUUUCAAUGACUACAAUAAUCAAAGCCUGGUUUUGCUUGUAAGAAACUCUCGGAAGAAACCUAUUCGGGCAGCUGUUGUUGCAACGGAUCUUAUCAAGACACAAGGAGCAAAAGCCAUUCUUGGACCACAAACAUGGGAGGAGCUGUCAUUAGUUGCUGAGAUUGGUUGCCGAAACCACAUCCCCGUUCUUUCUUUUGCUGAUAUGACUCCAACAUGGGCAACAGAUAAAUGGCCCUUCCUACUUGCAGCUUCACCCAACCAGCAUGCAGAAAUGCAAGCCAUAGCUUCUAUUGUCCAGUCGUAUGAGUGGCAUCAGGUUACUGUGAUAUACGAAGACAUUGGUUCAUCAUUGAGUGGAGUCAUACAUCUCUCUGAUGCAUUAAGAGAAAAAGGUAUAGAACUUAAUCAUGUUGGUCUCCCUCCUGUCGGUUCUCCGUCACUCACCAAAGAGCUUGAGAGACUUAAAGGAGAGCAAUGUAGAGUCUUUGUAGUUCAUUUGUCCUCGUCAUUGGCUGUUCAUCUCUUUAAAAGGGCAAAGAGGAUGAAGAUGAUGGAAAAGGAAUAUGUAUGGAUCACUACAACUAAAUUUACAAACCUUAUUCAUUCUGUAAACGCCUCCACCAUUGCCACCACCAUGCAAGGAAUUGUAGGAGUUAAAAGCUAUUUCUCCUAUAAUUGGCAUUUUCAAGAUUUUCACUUCAGGUUUCGUAAAAGGUUCAGCUUAGAACAUCCUGAAGAGAGUAACCAAGAGCCUGGAGUUUAUGCAGUGCAGGCAUAUGAUGCCUUAUGGAUGUUGGCUCAAGCAAUGAGUGAAGGGAAAGAGGGGGAACUGUUAUUAGAAGAAAUUUUACAUAGACACUUUCGCGGAUUAAAUGGAAAGGUUCAUCUCAUCAAUCAAAAGGUGGCUCCUACAAAUAUAUUUCAGAUAAUAAAUAUCAUAGGAAGAAGUUAUAGAGAACUUGGAUUUUGGUCAGGUAGUAUGGGUUUCUCGGAAAAAAUUGAUGACAAUGCAAACCACAGUCUUUCUAUGAAGGACUUAGGGCAAGUGUUUUGGCCAGGGGGGUCUUCAAAUACUCCAAGAGGAUGGAAUUUGCCAACAAAUUCCAAACCAUUGAGAGUUGGUGUUCCUACUACGUCCUUUUUUAAAACUUAUGUGGAUAUACAAUAUGACCAAGUGAAAAAUGAGACUUCUAUCAGUGGCUUGGCGAUUGAGCUCUUCAGCAAAACUGUGAAGCAGUUGCUGUUCCCUUUGCCUUAUGAUUUGAUUCCUUUCAAUGGCACAUAUGAUGAACUGGUGAUGCAAAUUGAUUUGAAGCAGAACUUUGAUGCAGUAGUUGGUGAUGUAGCAAUUAUAUCAAACCGAUACAAGUAUGCAGAAUUCACUCAGCCCUUCACUGAAGCAGGACUGGUAAUGGUUGUUCCCCUUCAAUUAAAAGCAAGCAACAGAGCCUGGUUAUUCAUGAGGCCUUUCACAAAGGCCAUGUGGUUUCUAAUAGUAAUCAUAAAUAUCUACAAUGGUUUUGUUGUGUGGCUAAUAGAGCGACACCACUGCUUGGAGUUUAAUGGCUCUGCAUUAAAUCAAGCCGCAAGCCUGCUCUGGUUGUCCAUCAGCACACUCUUCUCCUAUCAUGGCGAAAGGCUUCACAGCAAUUUGUCGCGCAUGACUAUGGCAGUGUGGCUAUUUGUGGUACUAGUCCUUACUCAGAUUUAUACAGCUAACCUUGCCAGUAUACUCACUACUCAAGCCGUUGAACCCACUUUGAGUGGCAUCGAGUCCCUGCAAAAAAGCAAUGCAGUGAUUGGUCACACCCAGGCAUCAUUUGUCAAGAGAUAUUUGGUGGAUGUCUUGCACUUCAACCCCCGAAACAUGAAGAAUUAUACAUCCCCCGAAGCUCUUGCCGAUGACCUUGGAAACGGAGCUGUAGCAGCUAUAUUUCUCGAAUCUCCUGUGGCCAAGUUAUUUCUAGCAAGAUACUGCAAGAGCUUUACCAUGGCUGGCCCAGCAUAUAAAGUGGGAGGAUAUGGAUUUGCAUUUCCGAAGGGAUCUCCACUGCUUCACAGUGUAACCAAAGCACUACUAAAUUUAUCCGAAACCGGCAAGCUACAAGAACUAGAGAACAGCAUGAUUGCAGCUCACUGCACAGAAGUGGGUAUCAGUGAGGACAUUAACAGUCUUAGCCCCGACAGUUUUUGGGCACUUUUCUCACUGACAGGAUGCAUUUCGACAUUAGCACUCAUAGCAUAUGUUAGUCAUUGCAAUUGGGAAAGAAAUCAUUAUAUUUUUGCAAACUGGAUCCUGAUGUUGUCUGUAAUUAGAAGCUGGGCCAACACCCAGACUAAUAAGCUGUUCUCAAAGAAUGUUAGAAAGGUUCCAGAAACACCUGCAAACACAUUGCAAUUAUGGACUCAUGUUUGAACAUUGGAGUCAUUGCAUAGAAGCUAAAACCUAU